UAUUUAUGCUGUCGUUAUCUUCACGUUGGGCAGCUGGCAUACAAUAGCCUAGCCCUGACAGUGUCUGUCCAAGCCUUGGGCUAAAGCCUUGGACGUGAGCUGUCGGGCUUGAAACCCAAUGCCAUGACAUAGCAUAGCACAAACCUAAGUCAGACAAGAGACCGUCACCUACGCCAACGAUUCCUCAAUAAAAUGAACUUUCUGAAGUCGUUAGACCAGGCACUCGACUUCGAGCGCUUGGAAAAGACGGUUACAGAGAAAGUCCAGCAGGCGGCUCUCAGCGUAGUUGAUGAAUUUCCGGACCGCAACAGGGCUGCCCCAACGACGCUUUCGAUCACCCCGGCAGUUCUGGUAGAAGCUCGCGAGCUUGCUGAGGUCUGGCAGGGCUUUGAGUUAGAGCGGCGGAAGGAUGAGUGGGAAAUUGCAUGUGGCGAACUUAAGACUCUUCGCGGCACGGAGGCUCCGUCCCACACCGCACUGCAGACCUGGCAGCGCCGGGCCCAGGACUCGGAGUUCAAGCUGUACCAGCUGUACAGCUGCCUGCUGUCGCUACCGGACCCCACACCGUUCCUGACGCUGUUAUCUUCCCUAGCUGCCCGCGUACAAGACCUUGAGGACGCCAACCGCAAGCUGCAGUCCGCAGCCGAGCACGCGGCUCGGGACGAUGCGGAGGUGAGCGGCCUCAUCGAGAAGCACCAGCGCCUGCUGGAGGGGGCAAAGGAGCUUCAAGAGGAGCUGGCGCGGCGGGAUGCGCGCAUAGCGGAGAUGUCGGCGGCGGCGGCGGAGGCCGCGGCGGCGCGGCAGGAGAUGAGCCAGCAGGCGGCGGAGAUGGCGCGGCUGCAGCGCUCCCUGCGUUCCGUCCGUGACGAGUACGAGUCCACGCAGCAGAGCCUGUUUGAGCUGCAGAGCCGGCUGGAGUCGCUGGCGGGCAGCAGGCAGCAGGAGGCGGAGCUGGCGACGGAGGAGCUGGAGAGGGUUGUGAAGCGCGCUGCGGAGCUGGAGCUGGAGCGGCAGCAGCUGCUGAGCCGCCUGGAGAGCGCGCACCAGCAGCACCAGCAGCAGCAGGGGGCGGCAGGAGGAGGAGCUGGGGAAGAGGGGGGAGCGGGAGAUGAGGGAGGCUCCUCCGCGUCCGCUGUCCCCCUGCGCGGCGCCCCUCCGCUGCUGCUGCCCCCGGGCGGCGGCCUGGGGGGCGACUACUCGCUGCUGGAGCGGCAGCUGGCGGCGCGGGAGGAGCAGGUCACGGCUCUGAGUGCCUCCCUGGAGGCGUUGCAGCGCUCAGCUGCGGAGGCGGCAUCACGGCAUGCGCGGGAGGCGGCCACGUUGAAGGACCAGGUGUCUACCACCAAGCUGGCCCUAGACCGGCUGGAGCGGGAGGUGUCUCGCCGACCCGACCCCCAGGAAUUCCAGGAGCUCCGACGGCGGGUGGAGGCGCUGCAGUCGCUGGUGGACGUGCAGAUGCAGGCGGAGGGGUGGAGCGGGGAGCAGGUGGAGACGGCGCUGCGCGACCCCAGCACGCAGACCGUGACGCAUGUGCUGCAGGAGCGCUCCCGCAAGCUGUCCUCGGAGGUCAAUUCCCUGCGGCGGCAGCUGGGGGAGCGGGACACGCAGAUCCACGACCUGGAGGCCCAGAUCCGCUUCCUGGAAUCGGAUCUGCAGCGUAGGGCCCAACUAGUGGCCCAGCUAGAAGAGCACUUGGCGGCGGCAGCAGGCGCAGCAGCACACAACGCGGCUACUGCUGCUGCCACCACAUCAGCAUUGCCGCCACCGCCAUCAUCGUCAGCCUCUACCGGGGCUCUUGCUGCUCGCAUUGCCACCGCAUCAGCAGUUGACAGCGCUGCCACCACCGCCACCACCACCACCACGUCAACCCCCGUCCUGCUUCCUCAGCUCUCCGGCUCCCUAGGCGUGGCGCUGCCUGUUGAAAGCCUGGAGCAGGCCUCCACGGCGCAAAGUACUGCUAUUGCUCCUGCGGCGGCUUCCGCUGCUGCUGGUGGCGAUAGCGAAGCUACAGCAGCGGCAGGGGGGCAUGCAGGUGGCGGGGGCGGGGGUAGUGGCGGUGCUGCUGACGGCGGCUCGUUAUUGGAUAUCUUGGUCAGUCAACGGGAUCGCUUCCGGCAGCGGAUGGUGCAGCUGGAGGAGGAGAAGAACCAACUGUCCGACGAGCUCAACAAGACCCGACAGCAGCUAGAAGCCACGCGCAACGACAACGUCACGCUCUUCGAAAAGGUCCGCUACUUGGAACGCUACAACCAAAAGGCCGCGGCAGCGGCGGCUGCUGGCGGCGCCGGCCGUACGACUGUCGUACGAGUGGAUGCCGCUGGCGUGGCACAGCCCUCCCCUGAGGAGGCGGCGGCGGCCCGGGGCAGCCGGUAUCAGUGCGGCCCCUUUGCGUUGGAGCUUGGAGGCGGACGUCAGGGAGGUGACGCGGCAGGCGGCGGCGGGAAGCUGGGUGCAACAGGUGGUGCAGUGCGGUUUGGUGGCAGCGGGGGAGGUGGAGGAGGAGGUGGUGGUGGGAUACGCAGCCGUGGCGCGCGGCGCGGGAUGGGGUGCUUUGGCGGCGACGGCGGCGAUGACGUGGAGGCAGCGGCCCCCACCGCUGAGGCCCGCGCCGCCCGAGCCUACGAGGCGCGUGUGAACCCCUUUGCGGAGUUCCAACAGAGCGAGGCGGAGCUGAGGGUGCGUAACCUGCAGGUGCACGACCGUGCCGUACUGGCGGGCAGCCGGCUGCUGCUGGGCAGCCGCGUGGCGCGCAUGUUCUUCGCGCUCUACACCGUCAUGCUACAUUUUAUCAUCUUGCUGCUCUUCUUCUACGCUACUACGCCGUGUCCUGCGGCGACGUUGUUAGGUGCGGAGGGUGUGGCUGACACCGCCAUGGAGGCGGCUGCUGCGGCAGCAGCAACAGCGGCGGGGGCGGGAGUGAUGGCGGGGGCAGGCGGUGGGGCGGGAGCGAGGGGAGUGGCCGCGGCGAGGGUAGCAGUGACUGGAGGGGUUGGGAGAGCGCUGCGGGCGGUGGCAGGCACGGUGGUUCGAUGGAGGGGAGCUAUGCAAGGGUAGAGUAUGGUGAAGUUUUGGAGUGCGUGGGCGUACGCGAGAGGCCACCGGGGUUCCAAUGGAGGGAGGAUGGGAGACAGGAGCAGGAGUUUUUAUUAUGAAUCCCAGAUGUGGAUGGAAAUGUAGAACGCGUGGGUGUUGCGAAUGAAAGGUAUGUCUAAGCGAGCGUAACCAAUUAUCCGUGUGAUCCGAUACCGUGGUCACAAAUGAACGAACGGGGCAAUGUAAUCAGAUAACAUUUUGGUGGAGUUAGUGAAUUCUCUGUGAAAAAUUGUCGUGUACAUCCGCUGGACAUUGACAUAUUCAAGGAGAAAGGUAGGGGUGACGUAAAAAAAUCUGCCACCGGAGAUGAUGUGAGAAUUUGCUCCUACGCCGUAUGGACCGCAAGGAAACCGAAUACAACCAAAUUAGUUUUCAGGGUUGGAGUGGCUGAAGACAUAACUAACGGGAUAUUAAGCUAAUCUGACGGUUUGUAAAGGGUUGCGGGAUACGAGCUGUUUUAUCCACUCAUUGGACCCAUUCACCCAUACGACAACAUGGAUCAAACACACUUUACGUGAUACCUUAAAUGGAAGGUACACUCCUAGCCCUACAGGCUAACGGUGGGGUUUCCCACAGGGAGCACGAUCGGGAAUGACGGUCAAGGGGCGGGUGAACAUCAGGACUGUCACAGAUGCUCCUGUCGCCCAAGCCGUUGGCCUUUUGCGCCUGCUGCACGCCGUAGACUGCGUUCCAAGAGGUGGUCUCUAUGAAGGUUAUUACGCGGUGACUGCCGCAUUGCGUUAUGAGAAAUACUGGGUACAGGUCCUCCAGAAAACGCACAGUAACUUGGCAGGAAGCCAGGUGCCCCCUCUCGAUGUUGCCUUUGCCUGGUUCGUCCAUCGCCAGGACCCCGGGCACUACCGAAGCUGCAUGACCGCCAGCGGCCUUUCGGACGCGCAUCCGUCCCCAAGCCAAGCUUUCUCCUUUGGCGGUGCACAGAAGGACCGCAUUACCUGGAUGGUCGUGACGGACAAGGAGCCCAGGUGGCCUCCUCCGGCUCCUGGCUCUAAGCACGACGUCACCGCCAGCUUGACCAAUUCAACACCUGCCUUCGCUCUGCGGGUGGCCGCCUCCAUGUCCCGGUUCUCUUGGCUGCUGCGCUCCUGGCUGCGACCACACUUCAUGGACGUGGCCUUUCACGAGUUCGCGCAGACCAGGUACGGCCGCUUCCUGGAGCUUCACGCGGAUCACCCCAGCGUCACGCUGGUCCCCACGGCCGACAUUGCGCUGAUGUGGCACACCCGCCUGGGCCUUUCGGUGGGAGGACUCCAUCUUUCGGCAAUCACAGUACGUUUCGCCUCGCGGCCAGUUAUUUUAACACACCCGCCUGGGCCUCAGCGGCCAGUACGCGGCGGCCUGCGAGCAGCUCUUUCCGGCGGCCCCGGAGCCCUGGCGCCCGGACUACCUGGAGCUGCACCCGGAGCAGAUGGCGACGGCCUAUGCGGAGACCGCAAGGCUGUACCAGGAGAAGUACGGCGAGCCGUACGACAGCCCUGAUACGGCGUGGCAGCCUCAAACGACGCCGUACCCUCUUGCGGCACCCAACAGCCCUCUGGCCUUUGCGCUUCGGGCUUUUGAUGAGAACCCGGACCAGGACGAGCAGGCCCUGGCGUUGAACGCGGCCGCCGUUUCUUCCCAGAUGGCGUUUCCGCCGCCCGGUGCGCCGGUGCCCCGCAGCGGUGCGCAUGCACUGUUUGCGGCGUGGCUUGCGGGUCGACGUUCGGAGGAGGCGUUUGAGGACUUGACGUGUGGCCGUUGCUGCUUCACGGGCAAGCACACGGUUAGGCUCGAGACCCUGAAGCAUACCGUGUCGUCUCUUGUUUCUGUGGCGUACUUCUUGAUUAUUCCGGCGGAAGACAAGCACCCGUACCUGAAGGCGCUGGUGGCGCGGAGGGGGUUGUGGACGCCUCAGAUGUCGGCAGUCGGUAAGCAUGUCGCGUUCUCAAGGCUGAUACCUUCCCGUCGCUGUGCUAGGCUCCCUACCUCCUAUCCUCCUAUCUGCGAGUGUUCACAUACCACUCUUGAUUCACACUCAAAUGCAUCCGACCCUCCAUUCUCUGCACCACAGCCGCUCCAGCCACUGCCCUGGGCUUCUCUCCCCAAGACCCCUACCGCCUGCUCCACAGCUGGGAUGCCCGCCGACUAGCCGGGCUAGACCGGCUGCUAGCUGAGGCGGCCGGGGCCAAGGUGCCGCCUGCCCCGCAGGGGGCCGAGCUCGCGGCCCUGUGGAUGAUCCUGGCGGCGCCUGGUUACCCGGCGCACAUGCAGGCCCUGUUUGCGGAGCAGUGGGCCUUCGCACGCGUGUACGGCGUGGGCCGCAUGCAGCACAAGUACCAAUCCUGCCGCAACACCAACGACUGCUACGUGUACGGUUCCAGCGACUACUACACCUCCACGCAGCUCUACAUGACGGGCGUGUACUACUCCGACACAUACGCUGAUAACCGUGGCGGCGGUGGGGGC